AUGGAAGGGCAGGAAGAUCUUCCGAAAGAACGAUGUCAUGUUCUUCACGACAUAACAAUGGAAGACUUUAUGAGAAGUAUAGCUGAGGAGAAGAAUGACAAAAUGCUGACUGAACCAUUCUCUGUCACGAACAUCUCAGCCAUUAUUGAUCAAAUAGAUAACUGGAAGAAAUGGUUUGGAUCAAUAGAACCGUAUUAUGCUCUAAAAGCACAGAAUAAUCCGGUGACACAGAGACUGUUUCACAGGAUGGGAUUAGGCUACGACUGUGCAUCACUGCCAGAGAUUCAAAGUGUGCUCUCUACUGGGUGUAAUCCUAACAAAAUCAUAGUAUCUCAUCCAUUUAAAAAUUAUCACUGUGUGGCAGAAGUGAUAAAACACAGAAUGCUGACAGUAGUAGAUUGUGCACAAGAAUGUGAAAAGAUCAAAAGGGUCUAUCAUCAGUUAAAAAAUCAGACGUUUCCCUAUGCUCAAAGUUCGUCACCAGAUAUGUCAGAAAUAGAGACUCCUCCCAUUAUCAUAAGAAUCAAGCCUUCAAAAUUAGCAGCAAGUAAAGUUGAGAUAUCUUUUGGCAACAAGUUUGGUGUUGAUUGGAGCAACUUUGAGGAGCUUGUUUUGCAUUGCAAGAAACUAAAGCUAGACGUUAAAGGGAUAUCGUUUCAUCCAGGAUUAAGGGCAGAUGAUGCUGAACCAUGGACAGACACAAUUAAGUUUGCUCGAAAAUGUUGGGAUAUCAUGCGUUCUCUAGACUUCAAUCCAAGCAUUUUAGACAUAGGGGGAGGCUACAAAAGUCGAGAUGAUGGUAAAGGAAUCCUUACAAAGGAAAUCGGCCACCUAAUUCAGCAAUCAGUUGAUAAAUACUUUCACUCAUUUGGAGAUGUCCCGACUGUUGUUGCCGAGCCUGGCGCGUAA